AUGGUUGUUUUUAUUUUUUUUAUUUUUAGGGAACUUCAAAUUCUUUAUAAAUUUUCCGUUUUAUCACAAUGUUUGGGAGAUAUGAUAAUGGCGAUAUUCGUCGGUUUGAAUUCUAUAAAUAAUUUCAUACAGGAUACUGUUGCUUGGAAUUUCGGAGGUUUCAUGUGUAGUUGGACGCCAUACGUCACGACAAUGUCAGCAUUAUUAUCAUCUCUCAUUCUGACGUGUAUAGCAAUCGAUAGGUAUCAGGGAGUUGUUCUUCUUUCGAAAAAAUUCAAUCCGAAAUAUACGGAAGCUUUUAUUAUAGUUGCUUGUUUUUGGUUGGUAGCCGGCGGUAAGUGGUAG